GCGCUGUGCAUCGUAAUUCUUUCGUCCAGAAGUUCUCCCGCUUAUGAGGCAAGUAAAACACGUGUUCACUCCCGCACUGCCGCCAGUCCAGUUCCAUCCUAGUCACAUACCCUCUAAAAAAUGGACGUAGCCGCAUUUCAUAAGCGAGAACCACUUCUGACCAAUUAAAUCCACACAACGUUCUGUAAAACGGUACUACACGGAACACGUUUCCUGUUCUGAUGCAGGACUCCACUCCGGCAACUCACGUAGUACCUCUCUGAUUGACUGGCGCUGUACAUUUUUAAAUACAUGUAUUUGGCCGGAUUAAGAUGGAGGAAGAUAAGAAGAUAGUAGCGAGUGAGACGGUGACAUACGUCUUCGGUAGUGCCAACGAUCAGGACAUGAUAAAGGAUACAGCACCGACUCGUGGACUAUUAUGGCAGGUUGUACCCUGCACUUGCGCAUCUUUAAUAUGCAUCCCGUUUGGUUUGAUGUUGGGGUGGCCAUCGCCAACCUACCCUUACCUUUUAAACAAUGUGACUUCACCAAUUUUGAUUUCAAUGGACCAAAGUGCCAUGAUAGCAGGCUUUCUUAUGUUGGGGAAUACGAUAGGCACUCCACUUUCCGCCACAGAAUCACUGGGACCUAAGUAUGGAGUGUUAGUUGGAUUAGCGGCAAUGACAUCUGGAUGGUUUGUCAUGUGGCAGGCAAACAAUAUCUAUUAUCUGCUAGGUAGUCGAUUACUAGUAGGCCUUGGACAUGGAUUUGGCAUUGGGCAGGUCAAGCUCUACAUUGCUGGUAUCUGUAACCAGGAACUUCAACCAAUAUUUUUGAAGCUCAUCAACUUCUACGCUUUAGGUGGAGUAAUAGCCAUUUAUUGUUUUGGACCUUUUUUGGCUUUCAGAGAAACGUCAAUGGUUUGUCUCAUAACGAGUGUUGCACUAGUAUUUUUUAUGGCAUUUUUACCUGCUACACCUAAAGAACUGAUCAAAGCAAAAAAAAUUAGUGACGCUAGAAGGCUAAUCUCUUAUAUUAAGCCUCAUUUGAAUGUGACCAAUGAAAUAAAUAUGCUCAAAGAAAAUCUAAACAGUACGGUUGAGAGGUAUGGAAUGAUCAAAUUGUUGAGGAACAAGAAGCUACAUAGUCACUUUUUCAUUUUUGUCAUUAUAUCCAUAUUGCAGCAAUUCACUGGUGCUCCAUCAACAGUAGUAUACACGCAAAUUAUUUUUGAAAGAUCUCAUGUACCGAAUGCCAUGUACGUUUCUAUAGGGUACAUCUGUAUACUUUUUGUCGCCAGUAUAAUUGGCAUCUUUAUCAUACCAAAAUUCAAUAAGAAAGUAGUUUUACUACUAUCUUCUACCGGUAUAUCGAUCAUUUUAGCGAUAAAGAUAUGCGUGAUAUAUUUUCAGAUAAACAAUCUGUAUUGGCCAUAUGCUUCAGUAGCUGUGAUGUAUGUAUUUAUUUUUAUACACACUCUAGGUUUAGGAAAUGUACCGUUUAUGUUGAUACAAUAUCUUUUUCCAGAGAAAUACCAUUUGUCAUUGACUCAUUUAUUCAUUAUGAUAAAUUCCAUGUGUGCACUUAUAAUAACGAAAAUUUUCCAGGUCCUCAUUUCUCUGUACAGUUUUCACGUGGGUUUCUGUAUGUUUUUAGGUUUUAGUUUGUUUUGUCUUGUUUUUGUGUUUUUAUUUUUACCUAGUAAGACUGAAGAUAUGAAAUAAUAGCUGACUAAUGAAAAAGAUAUCACUGAAAGAGCACAUCAAAAAUAAAUUAAGGAAUGACAGACGAUUUUGGCCUGGUCUGGUAAACCAUGAUUUGCUGGUGGCGUACAUCGUCUGUAGUGAUACGAGAAUGUAAACACAUUCUCACAUAAUACUAAUUACCAUUUCAUGUCCAUCAAAGGUUUUAGGAUACACUAGUUUAGGUGCAUCCAUUUCUUGUCAUUGAAAUUACUUUUAUAUUAUUAGACGAGUACCGCACUUCCCUUAAAAUUGAGAGAAACAAUUAGUACACCCAAUGGGAUUACUAGAGUUGAUAGAUCGAAUAGUACUGAUAAUGACAUGAAGACUUCUGAUGUGCAUGUUCCGGUUGAGUAUGUUAAGCUAUUCAUACAGAAAAAAGAGAGAUUCUGGUACUGGAACCAGUAGCGACGAUUUAUUUAUAUAUCUUUGAAAUCACUAUUUUUAUUAUUUUUGAUUUUGAUCAUGAAGGUUUUGUAUUAAACCUAUAGUAUUUCUUUAAAUAAUGACGUCAAGUAGGAUAACUCUGCACGCUGUUGGACCACACCAGUCAAACAUGCCAUAAGAUCUAACCACGAUACUAUAACAUCCCUGACGGCCAUGCUAUCAGACGCAAGGCAGGGUUAACUUCCAAUUGUCCGGACACACCGCGUGUCGCAUCUAUUAAUAAUAAGGGAAAAUUCUUGAUCUGCGAAAUAUGUAAUGAUAGGUGCGUUAAGUUACUAGGGUUGGAAGCGUAAAAAUAUACUGCAGUCAGAAAAUGUUAUAUACCCUCCCUCAGCCCCUACAACCUCCAACCCCCGAUUUUAAACCCCUACAAUUUUUUUUCUGAAAAUGAUCAGGAGCUUCUGAAACGUAAAAAAACGAAGUUUGAACGAUUUUUACUCAUUUUACAAAGCUUUUUCGACCUUAGCGUAGUAGUAACCUUGUGUGAAAAUUUUAACCCAAUCCGAGCAGUAGUUUCAAAGUUCUAGGCGGUCGAAACAUUAGCGGACAGACAGACCAACAAACAGACCGACGGAAAUGAGUGACAAGAUUUUUCGUCAUGUAUAAGUCAUAUAUAACAUGCAAAAAACAUGUCUCAUUUUCGAAAUUGUUCGCGAUUACAAUACGCCAGAAGGCGGGGGAAGUAAAAAUGCGUGUUCUUAAACCACUUAGUUAUCGAUAACUCUGUACAGAACUGAAUAUAUUUCAGGUAAGGAACACCACAUCGGCCAACAUUUCUUACAUUUCUUUUUGGGAUAUCUCCUUCAAUUCUAUACUAAAUGACAUAGAAAAUGCAACACCGACUAGGAGUGCUGUAAUUUUGAGCAUACAUUUACAAGUUUGAGGUCUACUGAUAAAUAAUAAGUGAUUAAAAUUUUAACUCGAAAUUUCGCAAAAUAGCUGAGAUAUCUCAUCUUAAUGUUAAUAAUGUGUUGAAGCUGCUCUGUUCGUUACUCAUUCGUUAAGUCGUCACGGUAUUGACUGGACUAAUUGAUUGAUGUCUUCUUGGUGUAUUGUAUCACAGGGCAUCUGACUUUGGUUUCGUAGAGCCUCCAAUGUUUGUGAAUCUUGCAAUGUUUCCAAAAAGGCAAGCAAAUUUAGUUGUAAAACUUCGUGGAUAUAGCGAUGGCAGUCAUUGUCGAAUGAACUCUAAUCCAUUCAGGUAUCUCCCUAGUCCAUGCCAAUCGUUGCCGAUAUUGCUGUGGGGUAGUACAAGAUGGGGACGGUAUGUAAACAGUCCAAAAGACCUUAUUCGGCGAUAAACUGUCCUCAUUGUUAUUGCCCUUCCGACAGUAUCAAACGACUGGUUCGCAACUGCCCUUGUUGUGGAAAAUCGAUCUCUAAGUGCUAGUUGUCUCAAAUAACGAUUAUGUCACUCUGUAGUCUUUCUUUGACGUUCAGUACCUCUAACUCGUCGAUUUCGGCCUUCUUGGAACCGCGCUCGACAACAUCUCAUUACAGUAGUUUCGUUUCUACUCACCCGAUUAGCGAUUUCUCUAAAAGAAAAUUCGGCUUCACAUAACCCGGUUAUCCGACCCCUCUCAAACUCGGAAAGUUGAGUGAAAUUAGCGCUUCUGCGAACUCUAGGCAUGAUAAUGCAAUGAAACAAAUGGAACCAACACAGAAAAAUCACUGAAUAUUAAGUAUAUUGUUCGGAUCUUGAUAUGACAAAAAAAGCCUUUACCAAAAAGUACAGCUCGGAAUGCUUUCAAUUUUUAUCAGCGUCGACUUCCAUGAUAGCAAAUAUAUUUACAAGUUUUCAUCUAAAUUCAAUAAAUAAUUCUGGGUGUUGCAUUUUAUAUGUCACAGUAUAUGAAUACACACCCGAUGGUCGACGAAAUCUUUGUUACGCGAUAACAAAAAUAGAGGGAAGCAUGGAAAGUUAAAGCUACAUAUCUUUAGAAUGACAAAUUAGAAGUAGUGUCUGUGAGCAUGGAUUCAAAAUAUUUACCUUAUCAAAACAGUGGUAUAUAACGUACGUACAUAUUUGAACAGAUUUUAUUAUAAAUUAGUUUGUAUACCGAACCUGUACAAUCUGCAGUUUGUGUCGCAUGAUUAUAAUUUAUUACUCUAUUGUGUGUAGUCCCUUCAUUGCAAGGUCAAAGGCAGCAACUAUACUUUUUAGAAAUGUGGCUGAAGGAGACAUAAUGGAGUACUACAAUUUGUGACCCUAGAAAAAGUCCUUUUCCAUUCAUCAAAAGGGAAAGUUUGGGAUAUACUUUUUUAGCUCUUAAAAAAUUCACAAACCUCCUCUGUCUACUAUAUCCGCACUUGGAAACUCAGCACUGCUGUACUACACUGGAACCAGUAUGGAGGAAGUACUAUGUUAGUGAUAAAUGCCGGAACAGUAUUUAUUUUUAUAUUUAAAACGGAGAUGAUAUAAAUAGCAAUAUAUAACGUACACAUCUGAAACGUAUCCUGUGGUUUUUUUUCAUGUUGAUAGGACUUCAUGAUUGAUUGACCAAAUGUUACAAGACAGAUAAACAUAACGUAUGUUGUCACUGUCAGCUGUAUUUUAAGAAAGGCCACCGUGGUGGCUAAUAUCAGUAAAGAGGUAAUCCACAUAUAUGUAGUUUCCUUUGCCAAACAAUCCUAGAGUCCUAGUAAAAAAAAAUUAACAAUGUGGUGCAUCGAUUGUACAAUUAUCGUCAAUAACCUGCGAGUAGUAUUGCUAUGCGAGCUCAUGUUCGAAAUGUAAAUAUACAUAACAUCCG